GUGCUUUUAUUGUGAAGGGGCGGGCCGGACGCGUGGUGCAGCAGACGAGCCUCGGGGAGAGAAACGAGGGCAGAGAGAUUGCGUUUGGUCCAAAAAAGUGAUGUUUUAGAGCGAACACCACCGCGCUACAGUCACCACAGAAGGUUUAAGGGUUUCACCAGCAUCAGUGUCGUCUCUCCCCGGCUCCACGUCUCAACAUUUCAAUAAAUCCACUGUGCCUAUUUCAUAUUUAUUUCUUUUUUUAUUUGAGUUAUCGUCCGCUUCACCAGCAGAACUCGUAUCAUUUGCCAUAUCAUACCAAAAUGGCCUCCCAGCAAUCUGACCUGGACAUCCCCGACAACCACAGAGAAAGCUGGCUGGCUCUGCUUUCUGCGGCGGAGGCAUACAGUCAGAAGUCCGGCUGUGAUGUGGCCAUCCUCACAGCCUGUAAGAAGUUCAGGUCGGGCGAGCAGACGGAGAAGAAGCGAGAGAGUGCCCCCUAUCCUCGAGACUGUGACUUCUCCUACGGCGUGUGGGGCCCGGGCUUCCUGGCCGAGUCCGCGCGCAGGUACAUGGAGGACAUCGGCGUGCUGCACUCCACCACCAUGCUCACGGCGCAGAGACACACACGACAGAGCGCAGGAGGCGGGGCCAAGAUCGACCUGACGUCUGACCCCGCGAACAGGGGGUCUGUGGGCGUGAGCGAGAGCCCGAACAGCAGACUCUACUCUCAGAGUUACCCCUCCAUCUACAGUGGCUCGACAGGUGCGGUGCAAAACGGUAACACGGGCGACAGGGACCGGAGCGGCACAGAGGCGAAGGAGCGCGGCCGCCACCGGUCCGGCAUCACGGAUCUGGAAGAGGAAUGUGAAGAAGAGGAGGAAGAGGAGGAGAUGGACGAGAGGAGGCCGUUUGGGAGUGAGAGCGCAGGUGUAUUUUCGAUGGACGAGGACUCUCUCUCUCGGGACUGUGAACCUUUCUUUGAGUCUGACGGGGAGGAGGAGAGCACGGACGGCUCCCUGAGUGAAGAGGCGCCUCCCCCUGUGCGGUUCAUGCCCGUGGGGCAGGUGGCAUCGUCGCGGCAGCAGAACUCCAUGGCGCUCGCCCGCUCUCUGCCCGUGUCUGUGCCCGUGUGGAGUUGCCGUGGGAACCGAGGCGGACAGGGGGAGGGCAACAGCGGAGAGAGGGUGGGCUGUGCUGAUCUGGACCACAUCGCAGCCAGUAUGAAGGCUCUGCUGGUGCCUGGGGCCACCGACGGGACUGAAAUGUUCGGAGCUCUGCCCCGGCCCAGGCUCAACACGGGAGACUUCUCUCUCAAACACUGAACUACCACCACAACCGGACCCUCCAGAAACCGCUGGACUCUCCAGAGACCGCUAGAGCCUGCAGGACCCCCCAGAGACCACCGGACCCACCAGAGACUGCCAGACCCUCUGACAAAUGACCCCCAUACCCAGGCUCAACACCACGGACCUCUCUCUGAAAUACUAAACUUCCACCACCCAGAGACCGCCAGAUCCCCCCCCCCCCCCCCCCCCCCAGAGAGCUCCCCCUAAAAAAUAAACUCCACCAGACCAAUGGCAAAAUAACAUUGGAACCAACCCAGGAACCCCAUUUCAAAAUCAAAACACCAUCAUUGAUUAUUUCAGGCAGCAAAAAUGUUUAAAAUUGUGUUUAUAUAAGGACAAUGACCUGAUUUCAUAAACUCAACUUGGUCUUACAGCAGCUUCUGGUACUCUUAAACUAUUGAGAAAAGUUUAAUUUCCCCCAUUUAUAAAUCAAUACUUGCACUCAUGAGUAUCAACACUACAAACUCAAAACAUGGGUUUUCUAUUGGGUACUACCACUACUACUAGUACUACCACUACUACUAGUACUACUACUACUACUAGUAGUACUACUAGUACUAGUAUGCCUAGUGCGUCCACUACUACUGCCAGGACUAGAACGGAGUACAAAAAACAGGUCCCAGAACCAGGUCUCAACCUGGACUAAAUCGGAACUAAAACGGGGUCCAGAACCAGGUCUCAGAACAUGGUUUUAGAACGAGAACUGAACCAGAACUAUAUUGGGCACUAAAAUAAGGACUAAAACAAGGUCUAAAAAAAAAAUCUGACUCGAACCAGGUCCUGGAACCAGGUCCUGGAACCAGGUCCUGGAACCAGGUCCUGGAACCAGGUCCUGGAACCAGGUCCUGGAACCAGGUCCUGGAACCAGGUCCUGGAACCAGGUCCUGGAACCAGGUCCUGGAACCAGGUCCUGGAACCAGGUCCUGGAACCAGGUCCUGGAACCAGGUCCUGGAACCAGGUCCUGGAACCAGGUCCUGGAACCAGGUCCUGGAACCAGGUCCUGGAACCAGGUCCUGGAACCAGGUCCUGGAACCAGGUCCUGGAACCAGGUCCUGGAACCAGGUCCUGGAACCAGGUCCUGGAACCAGGUCCUGGAACCAGGUCCUGGAACCAGGUCCUGGAACCAGGUCCUGGAACCAGGUCCUGGAACCAGGUCCUGGAACCAGGUCCUGGAACCAGGUCCUGGAACCAGGUCCUGGAACCAGGUCCUGGAACCAGGUCCUGGAACCAGGUCCUGGAACCAGGUCCUGGAACCCACUGUAAUUUCCAACAAUGACAUGUCUCCCUCUAUUUGACCAAAUGUGCCCUCUACUGACUUAUAAACAGCACUACAGCCAAUUUAAAAAAUAAAAAUCCUCUCUUUCUGAUUGGACAGCUGUCACCUCAAAUACCCAAAAUGAAAAUUGACAACUACUACUACUACUACUACUAUUACUUUUACUACUUCUACUACAUCUAUUAAUACUACAAUACAAGGCCAAAUUAAAGACUAAACCAGGCCUAAAUCAGGUCUAAAAAUGUGACUAAACCAGGCCUAAGCUUAUCCUAAACCAUUUCAUCUGCCCCCGAUAAAGCUUCACCGUGUAACUUUUCUGGUGGGUGGAAUUUUUACCAUGGGUUUGUCUCCAUGGAGAUGUUAUUACUCUGCCAAGAAAAUUCACAGAUUAAAUUUAAAUAUCUCCAUGGAGACAGGCAGGCCACAUUACAGGUCAGAUCAGUGGAUAUGUGAGCCCGCUGAGAGUGAGCUCAGCAGAACAUCAGCUGAAAAGUUGCAUAGUGCACCUUUAGCUGUUUAGGCACUAACUGUAGUGUGCGGCGCCCCCUGGUGGUUUGAAAAAGGACACUACAGGGUUUUUGGAAACUUGCUCUGCCUAAGCUGCUGCUACUAAUACUACUACUACUACUACUAUUACUAAUGGUACUUCUCCUAAACAAGGACUGAAACAGGACUUAACCAGGACUAAAACAAGUCUAAACCAUUUAGAAACAAUUUAAUCUACUACUACUACUAUUACUAUUAAUGGUACUUUUACUAACUCAAGACUUAACCAGGACUAAGCAAAGUCUAAAUAAUUUUGAAACCAUUUAAUUUACUACUUCUACUACUUCUACUUCUACUAAGUUGUUCAAAACUUCAUCUGCGUUCUAAGUUGAAUGUGGUAGUUGUAAAACAGCAUUUGCCCCUCUGUUGUUGUGUCCUUAGGCAAGACACUUCACACACACAUGCCUACCCCAGUAUCAGUAAACACUAAAGCUGCUCGUGACAGGGAGGGCAUCCGGCUUAUAAACUUGCCAAAUGAAAGAGCAGAGAACUGCAUUCUUCUUUAUGAUAACUGACUUCUAUCUUUGAAUAAAACUCUUCAAUUGCACCAGAAGUUCGUCAGAACCAGAACUUUUGCCAACGAAUGACUGACUUAAGAAAGAUUGUAGUUUUCUUUUGAUUUUUUUUUUGGCUCCCUGAAUCUGGUUAAACUGUCUGAAUGUUGGAAUGAAAGAGAGAGGGAGAGAGAGCGAGAAAGAGAAAGGAGAAACAUCACAUUUUGAAACGUAUAAAAGUUGUUUGAGAAAUCUGUUUCAAAUAAAGGAGCGACACCAAGAGAA